AUGCCUAGGAGACGUAUUAUGCCGAAAACGGUGACUUGGUUGAGCGAAGAAAUACACGAGCCGCAAAGUUUAACUACUUCAUUUCACUUUUAUGAAAAGUUCCAAUUUGGAAAUAUCACAGCGAGUAUUGGAGAUUAUGUGCUUGUCUCGAACGCUGAUGCAGCUGAACCGGAUACGGAAGCGGGCUGUGAUGCAGCUCGAAUUUUAUCUCUGUAUGAAGAUCGCACCAAUUCCAAUGAUCCGUUCAGAGCCAAGGUCCAAUGGUACUCAUGGCCCAAUGAUCUACCAAACUGGUGUUUUAACAAUAUAGACACUAUUAGCUUUUUAGAAAAAGAGGUCAUUGAAGACCAUCGCCCUUUCAAUAGUGAUGUAUCAAUUGAAACUUUCUUCAAAAAAUGCUCUAUUACUUUUACAUUUACAAGGGACAUAGACACAGACAUCAGAGCGCCAUACCAUUAUCUUUGUAGAUACCGUGUCAUGGCUUUGAGUAAACGUAAAGUAAAUAUAGAACCUGUACUUGAUGAUGAACGAAAAGCCUUAGCGUUACUAAAGACACCUAGCAAAACUCCAUCUAAAGUAACACCUGCUACUCCAACCUUAGUUUUACGAUUGAGUAGAGUAUCAAUCACAGAGAAAAACUGGAGUGUUAGCAAAAAUGAUGGUACAAAACUACUCCUCAAAAGAGCAAUUUUAGCUGAUAAAACUGAAAAAGAUUCUCCUAAAAAAGCAAUUCCUAAAUCAGCACAGAAAAAAGUGCCAGAAACACCAAAGAGCUCAAGGGCACUGAAUAGAAAUAAUAUAGAAGAAGUUUUAUCUAUGGAAUUAAAAGAAAACUCAGAUGAAGAACUUCCAACAUUGGUCAUUAGACAGCAUGUCCCAUCAACACCAAAGAGAAAGCAGUCAAUAUCAAAAACAAGUGAAGAAACUCCAAAAAAAGUUUUAGUUUUUGAAGAUGAUGAAAUGGCUCCACCUACCCCUAGUUCUUUGCGAAAGAAGGCCCCUAUCAGCUAUAUGGAAGAAGAUGUCUCACCUGUGAAAAGAACUCCCAGGAAAUCUGUACGUAAAAUGAAUGAAAGUGAUGAUGAUUUUAAGCCAUCUCCACAAACUCCUAAGACACCGAGAACGCCUAGAAAUAGGACUCCUGCGCAAACACCCAAGCGUAGUGUAACUAAGAGGAUAUUAACAAGCCAAUUGACUCCAAGCUUACAUAAUAGGGCACACUCUAUUGAUAAUAUUGAUGAUUUUCUCCAAGAAAACAAAUCACUGCCCGGGAGGGAGUCUCAAAUGGAUGAAAUAUUAUCAUUUGUCAGAACCAAACUCUUAGAUAGGAUUAGUGGUUGCAUGUAUAUAUCAGGUGUGCCAGGCACAGGCAAAACGGCAACAGUAUGUUCUGCUCUUAAGUACUUAAAGGAAGAAAUGGAUCUGCCAGACUUCCAACUGGUUGAAGUCAAUGGAAUGAGAAUUGCUGAGCCGCGCCAGGCAUAUGUGCAGAUUUAUAAACAGCUAACUGGCAAGUCAGUGGUAUGGGAGCAAGCAUGUUCCCUGUUGGAGAAGAGGUUCACAAAUCCAGGACCACGGAGAACACCAACUGUAUUACUUGUGGAUGAGCUUGAUGCACUUUGCACCCGUCGACAAGACGUACUGUAUAGCAUCAUGGAAUGGGCGGCGCACAACACGGCCCUGCUGACAGUUCUAGCUGUGGCCAACACAAUGGACCUGCCUGAGAGAGCACUAGCUGCCCGCGUGGCUUCCAGAUUAGGCCUGACACGCCUUACAUUCCCACCAUAUACGCACACACAACUUCAAAAGAUAGUGGCUAUGAGACUGGCUGGAGCCAAUGUUACAGCUGAUGCUGUACAACUUAUUGCGAGGAAAGUAGCAGCCGUAUCAGGAGACGCUCGGCGUGCAUUAGCAUUGUGUACCCGCGCUUUGGAGCUGGCCGGGCCGGAGGGCGCUGGACUGAAGGAAGUUCAACAGGCGUUAGGGGAAGCGGCGUCUAGUGCUGCAGUCCGUGCAAUCAAACAUUGUUCACCUGCUGAAAGACUUAUGUUGAGAGCUGUUGCUGCUGAGGUGGAGCGCACAGGGACAGAUGAAACGACUUUAUCACGUGCGUUAGCCACGGCGGCUGCCAUCAUUGCCCUGGACGGUCGUCCAUACAAAUCAGCGCCUAACAUCCGUGCACCCACAUCUUCACAGGCGCAGGCGAUAUGCGCAAGACUCGCCUCCCUAAGGUUGUUGUUAAUGGAGCCGAAACCGUCAGAGCCCAGGUUGCUGUUGAAUGUCAGUGCUGACGAUGUCCAUUAUGCGACCAAACAAAUUACUGUAUAA